AUGGAGCCACCAUCUGAGGAGAAAAGAAGGAGCCAUGUCAUCACUAUAGACCCAAAUGAAACCAUCUUGACCGCCUUUCCUUACAAACCUCAUAACUCCCUGCUCGAGCUCCUGAAGGGGGAGCCAAAAGUUUUGGGGGCCACCCAGAUUCUCCUUUCUCUGGUCAUUGUGGGCCUUGGGAUUAUAUUAGCAUUGAAUUUCAUCUUUUUCUCCAAAAAAUUUCCUCUCGUGAUCCUCACAGGAUAUCCAUUCUGGGGAGCAGUUAUUUUUUUUCUGACAGGAUUCAUCACAGUGUUCAAUGAUAAAUUAAGACGAAAUCUGAGACCAGGAGUCACAACCAUGAAUAUCCUCAGCUCGCUGGUUGCAUUAGCUGGGAUUGCCUUGAUCCUCGUCAGCUUUACACAGCAGCACAAAUUCUGCCAGGCGCCCUCCCUCGAAGGAACGUGUGUCGUAGGCAGAACGCUUCUCCUUGGAAUUUUGUCCAUUUUAUUAAUCAUCACCAUUGUGGAGUUCAGCAUCUCUGUGACUAUUGCAUCCUUAAGAAGCAAUUGCUGGACCAGUUCGAGAAAGGCUGUAUUCUUCUUCCCUUCAGAAGUUCCUCAAAAUACUGAACAGCCUGUGCCUGAAGAAAAUAAUCAAUUACAAUUUGAGUUCCAAGGAAAAUCUUCCAGUGAUAAUACAACUUCAAAUGUAACAGCCAUUUUCUUAGGGGGUUAUGCUUUAUUCAAGUUAAGAGGCUUAAGAAAUCCUUCAGCUCCCAAAAAUAUCUCACAGAAAAGUGAUAAGGGUACAUCUUCUAUGCAUGUUCCAGAUGAACAGGAGACUAUCCCUCCACCCUCCCUAGAGGAAGAAACUAAACUGGAUGCUUUACCUCCCCCAUUAACACCAAAGUCUUCAGAAAAUAUUCCUUCCCCACAAGAGUCUAGAAGCAAUAACCUGAAUGAUGAGGACCUAGAAUCUAUUACACGUCAAACCUCUGAUCUGCAACCCAAAUUGAUUGACGACCAAAAUAUGUCACCCAAAUUUCUAAAAGCUCCAUCUUCACAUAAUUUCUCCCCUUUGUUACCUGACAGUUUAUCAUCCCAAACAUUAAUGGCAGCUCUGUCAACACAAGUCUUACAAUCUAAACCCCCAUCAUCCCGUAUUUCACAGUCUUAUGAUCUGACAUCUGAGGACUUGCCUUCUGAAGACAUACCAUCUCAAGAAACCCCACCCCAAGACAUGCAAUUCCAAGAUACACUCACUCAAAGCAUAUCAUCCCAAGAGACUCAAUCAGAAGAUAUUCCAUACCAAGAUAUACUAACUCAAGAUAUACCUUCCCAAGAGACUCCAUCCCUAGAGACUCCAUCCGAAGAGCUGUCAUUCCAAGAUACACUAACUAAAGACACAUCAUUCCAAGAUACUCAAUCUCAAAAUACUCUAUCCCAAGAAACUCCAUACCAAUAUACUCCAUCCCAAAAGAUUCCACACCAUUAUACUCCAUCCCCAAAGACUCCAUCCCAAGAAAGCCCAUACCAAGAUAUUCCAUCCCCAAAGAUUCCAUCUCCAAAGAUUCCAUCCCAAGAAAGCCCUUACCAAGAUACUCCAUCCCCAAAGACUCCAUCCCAAGAAAGCCCAUACCAAGAUAUUCCAUCCCCAAAGAUUCCAUCCCCAAAGACUCCAUCCCAAGAAAGCCCAUAUCAAGAUAUUCCAUCCCAAAAGACUCCAUCCCAAGAAAGCCCACACCAAGAUACAUUAACUCUAGACAUACCAUCCCAAAGGACUCAAUCUGAAGAAACUCCAUCACAAGAGAUUUCCUCUCAAGAAACUCCAUCGCAUGAUUUGAAAUACCAAGAUGUACUAUCUCCAGAAAAAAUAUCGCAAAGCACACAAACCCAAGAUACAGUGGCCCAUGACAUGUCAUUCUCAGAUCUUCAAGCACUAAACACUGAAGUUCAAAUCCAGCAAGAUCCAGAAAUAUUUUAUAGAGACAUUCGAACAGAAGUCAUGGAGCUGACUCAAGAGUGGAAGACUGAUAUGAGCAAGAAAACCCCAAGAAGACUUUCCUUAUCCUUGCCAGGCAAACAUAAAAUAUUCUUUCCCAAGAGACAUUCCCUGGACCUACAAAUCAAAGGUGACGAAGCCCCAAGGAGACAUUCUGUAGACGUACAAAGGAAAACUUCAAGACGGAAAUCCAUAGAUCAGCAAAUCAAAGCCUGGCUAUCCACAAAGAAGCACACCACAGAGAAAAAAGAUGCAUAUACUCAAACCUCAGAGCUAUUCCUCCACCAGCAACCUGAUCAGCAGCAGGUCAAAGAGGAGGAAGUCCCAGUACAACAACCCCAAGAUGAGCAAAGCAAAGACCAAAAAUCUGUAGAGGAGCUAUACCCAGGAGAACAGCUUAACAGUAAGGAGGAAGAAGAUCAGCAGUCUGAUGAAAAGCCACGUCCAGAAGAACAAGUUCAACCAUCUGAAGAUGAGCAGCCUCUAGAGCAGAAAGCCCUGAAUAGCCAGCAAGAAAGACAGCAAGCGCUAGUAAGGAGAACCCCGAUGCCGUCAUGUUUGGACUGGGACUCCCAAAGCUUUCAGUUCUCAGAAAGGUCAUGUUCAUAUUGGUCAACUCCAUCCUGGCAGCCUGUUAGCCUGGGAUCCCAGGACUGGAGAAGUCAAGGCUGGAGAAACAAAGAUUGGAAAGCACAAGAAUGGCAGUUUGAAAUACAGCCUUCCCUGGACUGGGAAUCCCAAGAGCUAUUAGAAAGAGAAUCCUUAAGGCAAAGGGCACUAUAUCAAGAAGUCCAACCCCGCAGCACCAUAGUCCAACACACCCAAGAUCGUCAAUUGCGUAGCUUUGUAUUUCAAGUAGGUCUGUGUCAAGGUAACGACCAACAAUCUGGUGUUUUAAGAGGAGAUAUGUAUGCUGCAGAUGAUGUACAAACAAGAGACAGGGAACCCCAAGACACAGAAGACAUAGAAAAUACAUGCCAAAAACCAAAAGACCAGCAGUCAGAAGACAUAAGGCCAGAUAAUUCCCCUGUUUCUUGUCAGAGCUUGGUUCCAUACACAUAUAUAACUUGUUUAUCCAAUAUAGCUUCAGAGCAAGAGGUGCAGAACAAUACACCCUGUUCAGAUUCACCCAAAGAUCUGAAUGUCACUUCUUCCUCAUGCUAUCAAAAAGAUCAACAGCAAUCUGAGGACUCAAACUGA